AUGUCGUUCGAGCUGCCAAAGAUCGCUUAUGAGUACAAUGCACUGGAACCAUUUGUGGACACAGCCACAAUGAAUAUUCACCAUACUAAGCACCACCAAGCCUACGUGAACAACAUUAACAGUUACAUCUCGUCCGGGAAAGGCUCCGACCUGCAGGGCAAGUCCAUACUCCAGGUUGUACAGUCGGCCACUGAUGCGCCUGUGCGUAACAAUGGUGGCGGACACUACAAUCAUUCGCUCUUCUGGACUUGGAUGACCUCACCUGGUUCAACAAACACGGCACCGCACGGUGCUCUCAAGACUCGUAUUGAGGAAGAUUUCGGCUCACUCGACCAAAUGAAGCAAGAGUUUAACGCCGCCGCUUCGUCGCGCUUUGGUUCUGGUUGGGCCUGGCUCGGUGUUAAGUCUGACGGCAAAUUGGCCAUUACGUCCACGCCAAAUCAGGACAAUCCUCUAAUGCCAGGCGUGGACCAGCCGCUCAUCCCCAUCCUUGGUCUGGACGUAUGGGAGCACGCUUACUAUCUCAAAUACCAAAAUCGCCGCCCCGAGUACAUCUCGGCUUUUUGGAACGUUGCUAACUGGGACAAGGUUGUCGAAUACUACGACGAAUUUGCCUCUAAAGGCAAGCCUGUGGACAUCUGA